UGUGACAGCCUCUUCCUUAGUAACGGUUGCUGUGUUCGUCAGCCAUGGCAAACUGCUCCAAACUUACGCGUCUCGUCGUAAAGUUUUUAUAAAUUGUUCACUUAUCCCUCAUUAAAUACAUACACAUUAUAUCAUGAAGAAACUUCAUCAUCAGCAGCAGACAGAAAAGAGAAUUGCUCUUAUCUGCAGACAGGAUGGAAUACGAGAUGACACAAUUCAACAGAUAAAAGCAGAAAAUUUGUACAAGUUUCGUAACAACUUAGAAAACUUAGUUGAAGAAAAAAGAUUUAAUCGUCGUCUUGCCCUUGAAGCAAAGGAAAGAGAAUUAGAAGAAAAUCUUGAAUACAAAACACAGAUGCGCCAUCAGCUGCAGCAGCAAGAACAACAAGCUGAGAGCCUUGCCAAAGAAUUAAAGAGACGAAAUGACGAAGUGUUCCGUGAUGAGAAGUUGCGCCAGCAGAUCAGACAAAACAGCUUAGAAAUUCGAGAGCUUGAAGAGAAAUUAAAGCUGGGCUAUUUAAAUAAAGUGCGUGCUGCUCAAAUAGCAGAGAAGCUGGCUAAUAAAUCUGACUCUCAGAAAGCUGAUGACAUGUUGGUGCAGGAAAUGAGAGACAACCUGAAGCGUGCUGAAGAAGAGGAUCAGAUGAAAGAGGAACAGCGUGUGCUGGAGAAACGACGCUACCAGGAGCAGUUGGAUCAGCAGAUGGAAGAACAAAAAGAGAAGAAACGACUCAUGUAUGAGGAGUUUUUGAAAGAGAAGCUUAUGAUUGAUGAAAUUGUGCACAAGAUUCACGAAGAGGACCAAAAGGAACGAGAAUGUGAAUUAGAAAAGAAAAGGGUCACCCAAGCCUAUAUUGAAGAGUAUCUGCAAAGCCGAGAAGCUUGGAAAGCUGAAGAAAAGCAAAAAAUGGAAGAAGAAAACCAAAGGAUUAUGGAAUUCAGUCGUCUUGUGGAUGACCGAGAGAAUAGGUUUUUACAAGAGAAGGCGGAAAGAGAUGCUGUCCAAGCUAGAAUUUAUCAAGCUUUAUCUGAGAAAAUUACUGAGCGUGAACAAUCUGAGAAAGAAUUGGAAAGAAUACGUCUGGAGUUGCACUUUGAAGAACAAGAAGAAAAGACCAGACAAAAUGAAAAAGCUGCCUUGGAAAAGAAAUUACGACAAAGGCUUGAACUUCAAAAGAUGAAUGAAGAACAGUUGAGUAUGAAAGCUCUGAAAAAGAUGACCGAAGAUGAAGAAGAGAGGAUGUUCCAUGAUGAGAUGAUGGCUAAAUUUGCUGAAGAUGACCGACUGGAGCAGAUGAACGCACAAAAACGACGCAUGAAGAUACAGGAACACAAGCGAGCUAUUGAAAGAUUGAUUGCAGAGAAGAGGGAGAAAAUUGCUCGAGAGAAGGAAGAGGAUGAAAUGGAACAGAAAAUGUUGCAAGAAAUGGAAAAUGAACGGCAAAAAAUCAUUGAAGAAGAAAGACAAAAAUUACUGCAAGAGCAUGCCUCUAAAUUACUUGGUUACUUACCAAAGGGAGUAAUAAAAGGACCAAAAGAUCUUGAAAACCUUGGAGCCUAUUUUCAGGAGGCUUACAGUAAACGCAGUGAAGAUCCUUUAGAAUAAUCCUAAUUAUGAAGUGUGAAAUUUGAAGGGAUAAAAACAAUAACAGAAUUGAUGAAAAUCAGAAAACAGGUAAAAUUAAAAAAGAAACUAUGAACUGCAGAGAUGAGCAGGAUUAGGAUUAUCUUAAAUCUCACUGAAUGUUUUUUGUUUUUGUUUUUGAAUUAAAUCUCUAUUCUUUUUGCUUUA